AGAGUAGAGAGUAGCGAGUAGCGAAGGCUCAUUCGUCACGUGCUUAACUUGACGCAGCGUCAUUUGGCAAAGCUCUCUUCUAUUCUAUUCCAUUUGGAAGCCCCCAAACUUCAAAUCUUCCACUCUCUCAACUUACACCCAUCGUUGACAUCAAAUCUCAACCCACACAUUCACUCUCUCUUCCCUAUUUUGUCAGUUACAAUCUUUUCUCUCUCUUCCAUUUCCGGUUUUCUCGCGGGUCCUCUAACGGCCGCGCCAUGGCGGCUCCGGAACCCGAGGACGAGAAAAGCUGGCAGGAGCUACUCAGAAAGAUGCUGCCUUCCGGCGCGCCGUUUCCGGACGACGACCAUCUCGACUACUCCAUCGCAGUUGAGUACGAAGGCCCUCCGCUGCCCUACGAAGUCCCCAAGGUUGAUCCAGUCGACAUCGACUCGCUUCACACCGCUGCUUCCGGUUCGGUUUCGGAGCUUUCUUCGAUUCCGGUGGCCGAGCCGGUCGAUCGGGACGCCUCUCGGUUCAGCCGGAUCAGGAACGGCGACGCCGCAAACGAAACGCAGACUUCGACGUCGUUUUCGGUAGGUUUCAGCUCUGAAUUUUCAGCUCAGGACUCGAACUCGAACUCGGAGCCGAAACCGGUCGAGGACGACGCCGGAGGAGGAGGAGGAAAGAGAGCGGCGGUCGUGACUUUCAACACGCCGAGAGAAUCGGAGACGGAAGACGACGGCGACCGGUCCUCGUCGCCGCAAUCGGAGCCGGUGGGAUCGCCGGUUGCUUGGGCCUCGCCGCUGAAGGUAGCGAGUAAGAGAGGGAUUUGCAGCAGGUGUGGAAAAGGGAACAGAUUGAAGGAGAGGGAGUGGUGCUUGGUGUGUGACUCAAAGUACUGUAGCAACUGUUUGCUUAAAGCUAUGGGAUCAAUGCCGGAGGGGCGAAAAUGUGUGAGCUGCAUUGGGCAGCCUAUAGAUGAGUCCAAGAGGGCUAGUUUGGGCAAGUGUUCAAAGCUUCUUUCUAGGGUUUGUAGUCCUUUGGAGAUUGGGCAGAUAAUGAGGGCCGAGAAGGAGUGUCCGGCCAAUCAGCUCCGGCCGCAGCAGUUGGUUGUGAAUGGGAGGGAGUUGAGGGAAGAAGAGCUGGGUGAGAUUUUGGGAUGUGAAGUACCUCCUCAGAAGUUGAAGCCUGGGAGGUACUGGUACGAUAAGGAUUCGGGCCUCUGGGGAAAGGAGGGAGAGAAGCCUGAUUGUAUGAUUACUCCGAAACUCAAUGUUGGGGGUAAGCUUCGGGCUGAUGCCAGCAAUGGGAACACUAAUGUAUUCAUGAAUGGCAGAGAGAUCACAAAGAUUGAGCUUAGGGUGCUCAAGCUGGCCAAAGUGCAGUGCCCUCCAGAUACUCAUUUCUGGGUGUAUGAAGAUGGUACAUAUGAGGAGGAAGGGCAGAAUAACAUUAAAGGAAACAUAUGGGGAAAGGCAUCCACCCGUUUCAUUUGUUCAUUAUUCUCAUUGCCUGUACCAUCUCGUAAUCAAAAUGGGGCAAGAGAAGAUCCUAUGACACAACCUUCAAGUAGGUCCAUCCCUGAAUACUUGGAUCAGGCAAGAGUUCAAAAACUUUUGUUAUUUGGUCUGGAGGGAUCUGGAACUAGCACCAUCUUCAAGCAGGCCAAGUUCUUAUAUGGGAACGAGUUCACUUCCGAGGAGAUGCAGAACAUGAAGCUCAUGAUUCAAAGCAAUAUGUACAAGUACUUAAGUAUAUUACUUGAGGGCCGAGAACGUUUUGAAGAGGAAGCUUCAUUGCAGAAUACUUCUGAUUCCUUGGCCACUGACGAGACGCCAUCAGUAGUCGAUGAAAGUAAGCAAUGCAUCUAUUCUAUCAACCAAAGAUUCAAGCACUUUUCUGACUGGUUGCUGGAUAUCAUGGCAACCGGAGACUUGGAUGCAUUCUUCCCUGCUGCUACACGUGAGUAUGCUCCUAUUGUAGAUGAAGUAUGGAAAGAUUCUGCCAUCCAGGAAACAUACAAAAGAAGGGAGGAAUUACAUUGUCUUCCAGAAGUUGCCAAGUAUUUCUUAGAUCGGGCUAUAGAAAUAUCAAGUAAUGAGUAUGAGCCAACCGAGAAGGACAUUUUAUAUGCUGAAGGAGUUACUCAAAGCAAUGGCCUUACCUCUCUAGAAUUUUCAUUUGAUGAUAGAAGCUCCAUGUCUGAGCUAUACAACGAAAACUAUGAAUGCCCCCUUCCGUUAACCAAGUACCAACUAAUUUGUCUUAGUUCUAAGGGACUAAAUGAGGGGUGCAAAUGGCUUGCAAUGUUUGAAGACGUGAGGGCAGUGAUUUUCUGUGUUGCUUUGAGUGACUAUGAUCAAAUGUGGGCCCUUGGUAAUGGGCGUCUUCAUAAUAAAUUGCUGGCAAGCAGAGAUUUGUUCGAGAGUUUGGUGAGGCACCCUUGUUUUAGUAACACUCCAUUUGUUCUUGUGCUGAACAAAUAUGAUGCAUUUGAAGACAAGAUAGGCCAGGUUCCAUUGUCAGCUUGUGAGUGGUUCAAUGACUUCAACCCUGUUAAGCCGCACAAUAAUAGUCAGGCUCUAGCUCAGCAAGCAUAUUACUAUGUGGCAGUGAAAUUCAAAGAGCUCUAUUUAUCCUUAAGCGGUCAAAAGUUAUUUGUAGUGCAAACCCGAGCUAGAGAUGGUAACUCAGUUGAUGUGGCAUUCAAGUACAUAAGGGAGGUCCUCAAGUGGGAUGAAGAAAAGGAUGAUAAUUUCUUUGGAAUAAAUGGGGAUGACUCCUAUUUCAGUACAGAAAUGAGUUCUUCUCCAUAUCUCAGGCAAGAAUAAAACCACUGUUGUAUUUAGGUCUGGCAAGUCAUCAUUGUCAAGUGAAAGAUUGAAGCCGUCAUGAGACUGAGUUUUAUCAUUCGUGCUAUUACCGCUUGUAGAAGGUAGAGAAGCGAAGUGAUCAAUUACACUGGAAAUUGUUUAUUUAUUUAUUUUAUUUUUCUGGUUACACGUGGAUUUGCUUAUUUCUUCCUCUGUUUUUUGUAGGCUGGAUUUGUUUCAUAGGUUCAAGCUUAUUUGCCAUCCUGGCUGAUUAGAUACAUGAGAUGAAUAUUGGUUUGUAAAAAUAAGCUCAUUUUGACUGGAGAUUUUUUCUGUACAGUACUUCAUAUGUGAAUAAAAGCAUAUCUAUUAAGGAUUCUUACAGAA